UCUCUGCGGAGGAAUUCAACAGGAGACAAAACAAAAAAAACAAAACAACAGAGGCAGCUUUUCCUGUAACCUAGCAGUCUGGGCCCUCACCUGCCUCCCCCCAUCCUCCUCCUCCUCCCCCCCAUCUCCUGUCUUAGCGCUGCACCUGUCGGGACUCGUCCGGCAGGUGAAGGGGAUCCUCUGGGCCUUGCACUGUUUUCUCAGCUGACCAGAGCUGCAGGGCAAUUAGGUGCCCCGUCUAUUCAUUUAGCUGGAUUGCUGCUUUGCUUUGUAUCUUUCUUUCUGUCUGUCUCUUCAAACUACCUCCCUUCCCUCCCUGCCUAUCCCUCCUCCCUCCCCCUCCAUCGUUGUCUAGCCCAGUCUCAGCCUGGUUGACACACUGCGGCUGUGGUUACGUGCGGAGCUGAAGAGACUUCCCCUGCUGGAGUAAAAGGGCAGAUCACAUGGAAAGAAAUUCUGAGGAAAGGGAGUAAAAAUUGACAUCUUCCAGAAGAUAAACUGGAGUAAGCACUGGGGCAGCUGAGACACAGAAAUACAAACUCCAAACCAAAGGAUUUUACAGUUGGGAGAGCAACAGGUAUGAGAAGCCCCACCGUGACUGUGUGUUUGGCUCUGCUGGCCCUUUGCUGCCUGCUGAUGCCCCAAGGAGGGAGAAGUGCCGGGGGGAUCGUUUCUCUCCGGCAGUCUGAUGGGGAGAAACAGGCAGCGGAUCAGCAGGACGAGUCCCUGGAUGACCCAAAAAGUGAGCAAGUACUUACAGUGGACCCACACCCACUUGGAAGCAGCAUCAAGGCUCGGAGAGACACAGAAGGAGCUGCACCGUCAGGCAUCUUGGGCAGGGUGAGGAGAGCGCCAGAGGAAGGCAAAAAGAAGAAGGACAAGAAGAAGAACAAAGACCCUAAGGCCACCAAAAAACCAAAAACUGACAAGAAGGGAAAGAAGAAGGACAAGAAGAAAACUACAACUCUACCACCCACCACCACAACGAUCCCAACUGAACCCCCCACUGAAGCCGGCGCAUACCCGGAGUACUACCCUGUUGAUGAUUAUGACUAUAAAGGGGGCGAUGAGUACUGGGAAGGUGACCCCACUCCGUCCACACCGCAGCUGGAGACGCCAGUCCCGGAUUCCCUGUACGACGACUGGAAGCCAGAGGAGCAAGACCCAGCUGCCCCAGUGACAGACGUCUAUGACGACUACUGGAAACCAGAGGAGGAAGAGUAUAUCACGUCCUCUCCGGACGCCUACGAUGACCUCUGGAAACAAGAAGAGAAUGACCCAUACGCUCCUGUGACGGACGAUUACGACAGCUACUGGAAACAACUGGACCCGACGACAGCUGCCCCUGAUGUUGGUGGGAGAACUGGAACUGAUGACGGCGAUUACUGGGAUGCCACAUAUGAGGUCCCAGACAAUCUACCGUUUCCCGACGGUGAAGAGGUCGACCCUGAAAUCACAGUGGAAGAGCUACCAGAACCUACAGCUACUGCUACUUAUGAAAGAAACUGGUAUGAUGAUUAUGAUGAAUACGGGAUGAGGGUAACAGACGAGGUGGAUGAAAAGAGGAUGGAGAAAGAGAGAGAAAGAGCCAGGAAGGAGAGGGAGAGGAUAGAGAGAGAGAGAGCGAGGAAGCUCAAGGAGGCAGAGGAGAGAGCUAGGAACAGACCACAUGUCUUCAAAGAGCCAAAGAAAUGUCCUCCUCUUGGGAUGGAGUCCCAUAAGGUGGAGGGAGACCAGCUCACAGCGUCCUCUAUGAAUGAGUAUAGAUAUGCACCUCAGAGGGCACGCCUCAACAUGCAGGGGUCUGAUGAUGAGGAUAACAUGAGAGGUGGAGCUUGGUGUGCAAAUUCCGGGGACAUGAUCCACUGGUUUGAGCUGGAUGCUCGAAGGUUGACAGAGUUCACUGGAGUCAUAACUCAAGGACGAGACUCCCUCAAUGAAAGCGACUACGUGACGUCCUACUUCCUGGCUUUCAGCAAUGACAGCAGAGACUGGACCACCAUCCAUGAUGGAUAUGCUGACUGGUUGUUCUUUGGAAACAGUGACCCGGACACUCCUGUGAUGAACCGACUGGCACAGCCUGUCGUGGCUCGCUACAUGAGGAUCAUCCCUCAGAGCUGGAACGGCACCCUGUGCCUGAGGCUGGAGGUCCUGGGCUGCCCCCUGCCUGAUCCAAGUGACGUUCAGUUCCGGCAAAAUGAGGUGACCCCGGUGGAUUACCUGGAGUUCAAGUAUCACAGUUAUUCACAGACGAUUGCACUUAUGAAGGCGGUGAAAGAUGAGUGUCCCAACAUCACCAGCAUCUACAGUCUGGGACGCAGCUCAAAGGGACGGGAGAUGAUGGCCAUGAUCAUCUCCGGCAACCCCACUGAGCACGAAAUAGGUGAGCCAGAAUUACGCUUCACGGCGGGUCUCCAUGGAAACGAGGCAGUGGGUCGGGAGAUGAUCCUGCUUUUCAUGCAGUACCUUUGCAAAGAGUACAAAGACAGAAACCCCAAAGCCCAGCGCCUGGUGGAGGGAAUACGCAUCCACCUGGUGCCAUCACUCAACCCCGAUGGACAUGAGACGGCUUUUGAAGUGGGAUCGGAGCUCAGUAGCUGGACCACCGGACACUUCACCGAGGACGGCUACGACAUCUUCCAGAACUUCCCAGAUCUGAGCAGUAUCCUGUGGGAUGCUGAAGAUAAGGGCAUGGUUCCCAAAUUAACCCCCAACCAUCACGUGCCCAUUCCAGAGAACUACGAAGAAAAUCACCACAUUGCCUUGGAAACCCGAGCCAUAAUCUCCUGGAUGAAAACCUAUCCAUUUGUGUUGGGUGCAAACUUCCAAGGCGGGGAGUCGGUUGUGGCCUACCCUUAUGACAGCUUACGUCUCAGCAAACCUGCAGAGAGCCAGAAACCCCACAUUCGCAAUAAGAGACAGUACGAGGAUGAAGGUGAUGUCACAGAGUGGGGAAGGGGCUACAGAGAAGAGCCCGAGGAAGACUGGAGGAGUCAGGGAUACGCACAGCCAGAGGAAGAGAGGAGGGGCCACGGCUACGACCACGGUUAUGAUCACGGCUACAACCCCGAGCACGGUUAUGAUCACGGCUACAACCCCGAGCACGGUUAUGAACACGGCUAUGACCACGGCUAUGGCAACAGGGAAGAGGAGGAGGACGACAGAGAGAGGCAUGCUGGUCACCAUUAUGCUGAGCCUGAAGACGAGCCGCGGAUGAUCGCAGAUGAGUCUCUCUUCAGGUGGCUGGCCAUCUCCUACGCCUCCACACACCUCACCAUGACUCACACCCAUCACGGCUCCUGCCACGGGGACACAGCUGCAGGCUCACAUGGGAUCGUCAACCGUGGAAAGUGGAAACCAAUCACUGGGAGUAUGAACGACUUCAGCUACCUGCACACCAACUGCUUGGAGCUGUCCAUAUUCUUGGGCUGCGAUAAGUACCCUCAUCAGAACGACUUGGCACAUGAGUGGGAGAAAAAUAGAGAAGCAAUGCUCACCUUCAUGGAACAGGUGAACCGCGGCAUUAGAGGAAUUGUGAAAGAUCAGCAGGGAAAUCCAAUUGGAAAUGCCACAAUAUCCGUGGAGGGGAUAAACCAUGACGUUACCACAGCACCAACAGGCGACUACUGGCGGCUGCUCAACCCCGGCGAAUACCGUGUGACGGCUCGAGCUGAGGGUUUCUCCCCCGUGACUAAACUCUGCGUGGUGGGUUACGAGCCAGGCGCGACUUCUUGCAGCUUCAACAUGGCCAAGUCCAACUGGGACCGCAUUAAACAGAUCAUGGCCCUCCAUGGCAACAAGCCCAUUCGACUCAGCUACAGCAACAAUAAAGUGUACUAUCCUUCAGUCCGGAAUGGGCAAAGUCAUGUCGGUAACAGUGGGCUUCCUCAGAGUUCCCAACUGAGUGUUGAGCAGCGGAAGAGGAUCAGAGUUGCUCGUCUCCGUCGCCUGCAGCAGCAGAGAUUAUUGAGGUUAAGAUCAAUGACCACAACUACAUUACCCCCCACAACUACAAUUCCCACAAUACCAGAGACCACCACAUUCUGGUAUGACUCUUGGCUAGCAGAGGGACAGUCUUCCACACCCGGCGGAUUCACAGACUCCAUCCUGGAUUACAACUACGACUUUAAGGUCGAUGACUAUUAAAGCAAAUGUGUGAUGCUCGUCUCAGUAAAACAACCCUCCUCCCGAAUUGUAGUUACUUGCCACAUUGUACAUUGGGCUGUUGGAAGAAUGAAAUGAGGAAUCCGAUCUUUAUAUGACAAAAGCAUUGAGAAUGUACAGAAUAUUAACUAGAGCAGGGGUCGGCAACCCGCGGCUCCAGAGCCGCAUGCGGCUCUUUAGCGCCGCCCUAGUGGCUCCCUUCUUUAAAAAUAUUUGACCUUUUUUUCUUCUUUUUACAUUUUUUUUUCCCUUCCUUUUUUUCCCUUUUUUCUCUUUUUUUCUACUUUUCUCUUUUUUUCCUCUUUUCUUCCUUUUUCCUUUCCUUUUUAAUCUCGCCAUUUUGACUUUUUUCUCGAAAUUUUGACUUUUUCCUUGACAUUUCGACUUUUUUCUCAAAAUGUUGACUUUUUCAUCCCCAUUUCGAAUUUUUUCUCGACAUUUAGACCUUUUUCUCUAAAUUUUGACUUUUUCCCCGAGAUUGAUUUUUUUUUCUCGAAAUUUCCACUUUUUUCUCAAAGUGCAUAAUGAAAAAAAAUCUUCCCCCAGUUAUAACUAAUAUAGAUAAAUACAGCAUGUGUUGCUUGGCUGAUACAAGACUUUUCAUUUUUUGCGGCUCCAGAAAUAUUUGUUUUUGGUCCAAUAUGGCUCUUUCAACAUUUUGGGUUGCCGACCCCUGAACUAGAGUAAAAGUGUGUAUCUGUUACUUAACAUUUAAAAUAAGUGGAUCGGUUUUAUGUUCAUGCUGCAUUUUCUGUGUCACUUAGUCUUUUGUUUUUGUCAAUACCAAUGGUUUCAUGAAAACAUGUUUAUUGUGAACAUACAUUUUUUUUUUAAAAACAUACCGGUAGUUGAAUUAUUUACACUGUCUUCAUCUGUGGCAGAAAUAUUUUUACAGUACAAUCAGUGGCUACGUGUAUAAAAAGCAGGUCAUGUUUGGUAACAGAGUCAGAGGAGAAAAUGUUUCCUCGGGCACAGAAGCGGCACAAAUAAAGUCUAUUAAUACAA